AUGGAGAACAAAGGAUCCGUUGGUUCGUGGACACGUGAUCAAUUGGAAGAUCAAUACCUACGUCUCUAUGAUGAUUUUCUGACAUUGAAAAAACACUGUUGCAAACAGGAGGACCGAAUAAAACAGAUGGCCACUAAGAUAUUGCGAUUAGCUAAUGACAAGAAAGGUAGUUCGGCAAAUGCGGUUUGGGAAGACGAUUAUCGAGAACAAAUUGAAGCGCUUGAACGGAAAAACUCUGCUUUAUCUCAAAAGUUCAUCCGCAAAGCAAAUGUUAUUGAUCCAUCCUUGUUCGCUCCCAUUUGGGGGGAACGGUUUCAGCCCAAUACAGGUCGCACAGUGAAUCGGGCCAAUAUGCGUACUCUGGCCGGAACACCAAAACACAAUCGGAGCAAGGAGAGCGGAGCGACUGGAGCAUUGCAAACUGUUCGAAUACAAAAUGCCGCGUUUGUCGGUAUUGAGUUAGUUGAAGACAGCACUCCUUCGUGGAUUUGUCAUUUAUCACUCCGUUUCUAUCUGUUGGCAUUGGUAAGAAGAGAGCAAACUGUGAAAAAACUAUCCGAGCAGCUACAAGAUCGCGAGAAAAUUAUUGUGCAGUUAAAAGAAGAACUCCAGGCCAAAGAUUCUAAUCACCAACAGGAUAUGCAUGCGUUGAUGCAACAGUUGACCAGUAAGCAACGUGACACACUGAAGGAGAAUAUCGAUCUGAUUCGGAAUCAACGGGAAUUGCGGGAGAAGCAGCUUCAGAUUGUCACUUUGCAAGCUCGUAUUCAGGAUUUCGAAGCGGACCAAUCUGCGACAAAAGAGGCUAAUCGAAAACUGGUCUCCGAAGUCGAGCGUUUGACCAAUGAGAUUGCCUUACUUGAACAGAAAAACAUUCAAAUGGAGAGUGCCUCAAAUUUGGCCACGAAAGAUCAUUUGAAGGUGUUAGAACGCCUGAUCGUGAAAGGUUCCAACAAUACAGGAGGCAUGAACGUGCAGCCGGCCGAAUUGGAAGUUGACGGUGAGCCCGUUUUCCUGAAAAGACGUGUAAUCCUCUAUGACCAACGUGAGGGCGUGCUGCAGGCCCUUGAGAAAAUGAAGCGUGACGGCAUAAUCACCUGA